CCAAAAUGGCUGCGUCCUUCACAGGCAUGAUUUGGUUUCACUGAAGUGUCAGUUAAUGUGUAGCAGUUGCAUUUUUAAUAGCUAAAAGACUGCAAGGCCAGCUUUGAGAGCGGAAACAUGGAGAGGCGAGAGUUCAUGGCGUCUCUGGUGGCAGGAGGCUGUGCGGGGAUGUGUGUGGAUCUGACCCUGUUUCCACUCGACACAAUAAAGACCAGACUGCAGAGUCAGCAGGGCUUUUACAAGGCUGGAGGCUUUAGGGGCAUCUACGCUGGAGUCCCAUCUGCUGCUGUCGGCUCCUUCCCCAAUGCCGCUGCUUUCUUCGUCACCUACGAAUACACAAAGGCCCUUCUCGGCACCGGUGGAGUAUUUGCAUUACCACAUGUGGCACCUGUCACUCACAUGCUGGCCGCCUCCCUGGGAGAAGUAGUGGCGUGUCUGAUCCGGGUACCCACAGAGGUGGUCAAACAGAGGGCCCAAGCUUCCCUCUCAUCGUCUACCUACAGCAUACUGCUGGCUACUCUUAGAGAAGAGGGGGUUCGAGGCUUGUACAGAGGAUAUGGCAGUACAGUCCUCAGAGAGAUCCCAUUCUCUCUGGUUCAGUUUCCGCUUUGGGAAUAUUUAAAGACUCUGUGGUCGUCGAGGCAAGGUCACACGCUCUACUCUUGGCAGUCAGCAGUGUGCGGAGCUGUUGCAGGUGCGGUAGCUGCGUUUGUUACCACUCCUCUUGACGUGGCAAAGACCAGGAUCAUGCUCGCAAAGGCCGGCUCAACCACAGCGAGCGGCAACAUCCCACUGGUGCUCUACGAUGUGUGGAGGAGUAGGGGCAUUGCAGGUCUGUUUGCUGGCAGCAUACCGAGGAUGACCUUCAUCAGCGCGGGCGGUUUCAUCUUCCUCGGAGCCUAUGAGAAGGUCCGAAGCACUUUGCUAUAGCAGCACGACCUGUGACUGUCCUGAGUCCUGACCUGAUGGAGAGAACCGGAACAGCAGGAAAAUCGUCUCUGGAAAUGGAAGAUCCAGCAUCCUGCUGAGUCCUUUGAAAUGAGGCGAAGAGGAGACGCUCACAGGGAUGACUGCAUUACUCAGAGUGCAACAUUCAUACUUAUUGAUUAGGCACUCAAAACACCACAGAAUUUUGUUGAAGUGAAGCAACACUGUAUCAUCUAGGACAACGCAGUCAUUGUAGUCAGCAGUGACUGGGACAAUUUAUGUUUCAUGUGUUUGUGAGAGAAUGAAUUAUAUGAUUAAAAACUGUGUCUUUGUA